UCUUCUAAAGCAAGCUCAUUAGUCGUUCAGCAUUCGGCCGGGACACCUUUUCGUGGAUCACGCCAGACCGUUCGUCCGCCUCGUGUCCCGUCCAACUCGGCACGACACCUGGCCCUUUUCUUUCUGUUUCCCCACCGAAAAUACACAGAACACACGCUCCGUUUUCCCUAACCGCUCGGCGGCGACUAACCUCGUCCCCUUUCAUUCAUUUUCUAAUCAACCGACGAAGAGCCAGAACAAGAUCACCAGUUAAGUUUAAGCGGGACGAUUCACCUGGAAGUCGAACAGUCGUUCGUCCCGCGAGGGGAUGCGACGAAGCUCGAUGGGCUCUCGUGCACGUGCCAGUUGACUCACAAGGAGCGUCGAACUCGAUACUACGACCACGCGCUCCUUUCCUCCUUACUACUAUCGACGCUGAAAAAUGCUGGUCCCGCCAGAAAUCGUUCGUUUCUAAUUAAUAACGGAGUGUCACGUCGCCCAAUGGUAUCGUCGAGGUUCCUCGAUUAGGCGAUUCGCCGUGUAUCGCUGAGAGAUCGGAGAGGUAUCGGGGUUGAACGCAUCGAUCCGGGACAGUGGGGAACAGCGAGCGAGGGAUUCAGGGACGCGGAUCGAUCAGGUGAACCACGCAGAGGUGCACGUAGGUCGGGGCGAAGGCGGGACUCGGGUGGUCCGGGGUCGUCGACACAACGACGCGACGCCGACGGUGCGGAACGGGCAGGACGAGAACGUGCACCCACUCGGCCGAUGGUCGAAACGACGUCGACCCAACGGUUCACGGCGAUCAAGCUCCCGAUGUUGCAGCCACCGUCUCCGCUGCUGGAGAUGGCCUCACUGCGUCUGCCGGACCCCGAAGAGUUCGACGUCGACACGCGCCGCAAGAAUAAUAAUGGAAACGUACUGGCGACAACGAUCUCGUCCAUGCCGCAGGCGACCGGGACCUUCCUCCAGAUGAGGAACGACCUGGGCGACUAUCUGAACAAUCUGAUCGUCGAGGCGAUCACGACGAACCCGAGGACGUCGGUCGAGGAGCACAGUGGCCUGUUGAACGCCAGCAAGACGAACCUCUCGGUCGGCGAACAGAUACCCGACCGUCUCUACAGACACAGCAUGGCGAUGUCCGCGGUGUAUUGUGUCGCUUACGUUCUCGUAUUUGUCGUCGGUCUGAUCGGGAACAGUUUUGUCAUCGCCGUGGUGUACCGGUCGCCUCGCAUGAGGACUGUUACCAACUUCUUCAUCGUCAACCUAGCGGUGGCCGACGUCCUUGUCAUCGUGUUCUGCCUGCCUGCGACCCUGAUGAGCAACAUCUUUGUCCCAUGGUUCCUGGGAUGGUUCAUGUGUAAAGCCGUCGCUUAUAUACAGGGCGUUUCUGUGGCAGCCUCGGUCUACAGCCUCGUUGCGGUUUCCUUAGACAGGUUCUUGGCAAUCUGGUGGCCAUUGAAGUGUCAAAUAACGAAGAGGCGAGCACGAAUGAUGAUAGUCGUGAUCUGGUUCAUCGCGUUGACGACUACCUCGCCGUGGCUGCUGUUCUUCGACCUGGUGGCGAUCUACGACGACGACCCAGACCUUAGACUAUGCCUGGAGGUGUGGCCACGGCCGGAAGACGGCACCCUCUUCUUCCUGAUCGGCAACCUGACCCUGUGCUACGUCCUGCCCACGAUCCUGAUCUCUCUCUGCUACAUCCUGAUCUGGAUCAAAGUCUGGCGCAGGCACAUACCGUCGGACACGAAGGACGCCCAGAUGGAAAGGAUACAGCAGAAGUCGAAGGUGAAGGUCGUCAAGAUGCUUGUAGUCGUCGUGAUACUGUUCGUGCUGUCCUGGCUGCCCUUGUACGUGAUCUUCACGGUGAUCAAGCUUGGCGGCGACGUGGCCGACAGGGAGGACGAGAUCCUGCCGAUUGCCACACCGAUCGCCCAGUGGCUGGGUGCCAGCAACUCGUGCAUCAAUCCGAUCCUGUACGCUUUCUUCAACAAGAAAUACCGACGCGGGUUCGUGGCGAUCCUGAAGAGCGGACGCUGCUGCGGGAAGAUCAGAUACUACGAGACGGUCGCGAUGAUGUCGUCCUCGACCAGCAUGAGGAAGUCCUCGUAUUACGUUAACAAUAAUAAUAAUAACUCGUCGACCAGACGGUUCCACGGACCGCCAGUUCACCAGGAGAGCAACGUCUCGUACAUAUUCAACCACACUGGCGUCUAAACCACCGAACACCGGCUGAACGGGGAGAAGAGAGAGAGCGAGAGAGAGAGAGAGAGAGAGACGAAAAAUAAGAAAUUUGACGUUCGGGUAUAUUCCGAGGCUGACUGCCUGGAACAUGGGCUUCAUAGCAGCCGGUCCGAGAUUCUGGGUCACGCUUGAUCGUACCGAUUGUUACUCGGAUCGGAAAUUCGCCGAUUACGGAGUUCCACCCAUGGAAGUACGUUGUUCACCCGCGAAAUCAAUCCCGUUUCUUCUUCUCGAUUACGUUUUGCCCCCUUCGCGUCCCCUUUUGCUCGCCGCGGCGCGUGGUUCGACGCGGCGGCCCGACCCCUUGUCGUUCAAAAGGGAAACCAAUGUUUCUCAUAUCCGCCGUUUUCUAUUCUCACACGUUUCGUUCAGGAACGCGGGAAACAGCAUCGCCGUGCACACGGUUUUCGAACGAUACCCGGUUUAACCGUUGUUACGUGAGUCCGCAGCUUCGACGUGUCUGGGACGGACGCAAGAAUUGAACCCUUGCAAUUGACACUGUCAAAACGAAGAGGCGCGGGGAGGAAUCGACUCGAACACUUCGAAGCGGUCCUCAUUUUUCACGAGCACUUUUCUGAAUUUCUCGAGGAAUCCGCGUACGAGGGGACCGAGUCAGUUUGUAAUUAGCGCGGCCGUGGGAAGGGAGGGGCGGCGGGGGAAGUUAGCAUGAUAACUUGCGUGAGAGGGAGAAGCUCGACUUGGUCGCGUCUCGACGACUGUGUGUACUUUAGCUACUACGCAACCACGGGACACAGACACAAUUAGUUGGUCGCGGUGUUCGCUGGCGUAACGUACCAGGCGGGUUGCAAUUAAUUCUGAAAGAGCGCGAGGUUGAACGUGCGACGCGACGUUCGCGAGAGAGGCCAGAGGGACAUAUAAUAAUCCAUGUAUCCGAAACGUGUACGAAGCGUUGCUCGCGCGAUGUACGGUCGUCCGAUCGUAACGAUCCUCCUGGAACUACUGGUGGUCCAUUGUAAUUGUAAUUUGUCGUCAGGAUGCAGGCCGGAAGCGAACGAAACUUCUCGCGCACCGACGUCGACCCGUCUCGACGAUUUACUCGUAGGUCCUUAAGCUACGUAACACUGUAAUUUAUCCGUGCAUUGCAUGCCGUGAUUUUAAGUGACACACUUAUUUGCAUAACACCUAACGUUACAUUACACAUUACUGGCAUAGCAUGUACGCGAACGAUCGAGAUAAAGCUAUAGAGAUAGGCAGAGAAAGCGAAAGAGAGAGAGAGAGAAAGGGCAAGGUAAACGCGUUUAGAAGUAAAGAAGACGGAGAAAGAACGAAAAGUAAAAACAAAAAAAGUCGAUCGAAUUUCGAUGAAACACUACCUCCGCAUACCAGCAAAGAAAAUUACUACUUAUAUACACUAAUUGUACUCAUUAUUCGUAGCACGGUCGGCUAAAACAAGUAUGAUACAUAUAUAUAUAUACACACGUACAUACAUAUAUAUAUUUUCUUAUCGAAACGUUAAAGGAUUUAGCCGAUUUUUGGGACUUCUUACGGUGUCAUACGUAGGUACACUGAUGAACAUAUUUAACCGCGGGACAGUCCGCGCGAGGACUAACAAUAAGAUACUUAAAGUGACGCCUAUUCCUGCGUGCACUUUGCCAGAACCGAGCGCGCACGAGUUCUAGUUGAUAUUUACUUAACGAUUCGAUCGAACGAUUAACAACGCUUUCGUCUUUGCCGCGUUAUCAACGUUGCCCUCUUUCCAUCUCCUUCUACCCGAAGCCCGACCACUUCCACCCAAGCCUGCCCCGAUCCCCGUUAAUGCCCCUCCAACGAUCCAUUCCUCUGUGUCUACGCGACCCAGAGUAAGGCGAAAGUGACCGACUUUACUGUUUUGUCUCGGAUUAUCUUCUGAACCGAUUAUGUGUGCGACGAAUUAACGCGGUCACUGGCGACAAUAACGACCUUUCGCGCUUCGGGAGGCAGACUCCUGUUAAGAGCCAGUUAAGAGACCAUGCUACGUGCGCGCGGAAAGCGCGUGAACGUAUUUUUUAAAAAUUCGAUUACUCGAAUCGAGUCGUAGAGAAAUGACGCACGCGUAAUUGUCAGUAAACCGUGUCUCGUUAAAAAUCAGCGUGGAACAGUGUCGAGAAAUACGUAGAGAAAUCCCUUCGAUUUUCUCACUGCGUUCAUUGAUUGAUGUAGGAAUUAAAUUCUCAUUUUCCGUUAAACUGCCACGUAGCAGUUUUUGAUCACGGGACUGCGGAUUUCAUGCGUUUGUAAGAAAAGUGAAUGUGCAAGGAAUGUAAACACUGCAUGUAAUUAUAUAAAAAUGUAGAAGAUAUCGAAGAUAGUGAAUAUUGCGAUACUUAAAUCAUAAAAGAAAUUGUUAUUUAAAGACAGAUUUUUUUUAGACUGCUAACAUAAAUAUUUUAUGUUGCGCAAAAAUCCGCGGUCCAUCGAUCAUUGUUCUCCACUGAUGGUUCCCAACCGAUGAUUCGUCGAUCUUCUACGAGACUUUUACCGGGCAUUUACGAAGCGUUCAUCCCCGAUGCCAGAGAAUAGAUACGCCUCCGUCGAUCAGCUGUGAACCUGUUUUUCCUAGGAUGAAUCAGACAUGCUCGUUCGGUAAAAUUGUUGGAAAUCGCGCGCCAAGCUUACGGCGAUCAACGAACGUGAACGAGGACGCACGAGAUUAAGUCCGAUCUAAUAGGAUGUAAACGGCGGGCCGCCGAGGGGAGAUAAAACGAAAAUUCUGAUACUCCGAUUUGUAAUACUGAUGUAUGAGGGUGUAACGUUUGUAAGAGCCGCGGGGUUUUAUGAUAGAGCAACUAUUUUCGUAAGGUUUUUAUACGUGGCGAGAAAGAGGAUCUAGAUGUAACGAAAACCUGCGAAGCAUAAAUUGUACAGACCGUCGUCGUGAGGAAUUAAACUUAUUCAUAUCUAUCGUCGGGCUGAGCGAUGCCUACGAAGUUGCGCGACGUUUCUUAGAGGUAUAAGGAAGUAUGAGAAGGAGGGAGGAGGAGACCUGUAAUCUAGAGGUAAACGAGGACGUCGGAGGAUAGUUAACUGUAAGAAGGAAAAAGCACAAGAGAAAUUUACUGUGUAACGGAGGGCACACGCGUUGGUGUUUAUUAUUGUAUAUUAAUCGCAAUCUCGAGGAGGCACGUGCUAAACGUGACUCGCGCGUCUCGUAAGUUAACGAUUUAUAUAUAUACAUACAUAAAUAAAUAGCGUAUUAUUAUAUAUAUAUACAUAUAUUAUACAUAUAUACUAUACUGGCACUAAACGUCUAUCUGCUGUCUCUAUAUGUACAUAUAUGUAACUUAAUUGUAAAUUGUAAUUAUGUAUAUCGUUGCUAUGUUGUUACUAUCGAUAUUAUAUACAUCAUCGUUACACCUUCGUUCUUUAUAUCCGUUGUCUCUCCACACAUGGAGGGAUCUUUACGCAUCCGAGUUCCAUUGUAUGUAUGUAUAUGUAAAUCUCAUUGAGACGAUUCACGUCACGGGAGCUGCCGUUCGUUGUUCACCGUUUUCACCCUGUUCAUGUGAGAUACGUUUCGCGUACGCACAGUCAAAGAAAAACAGGCCUCUGCGUUGAUAAUAACUCGCGGAGGGCAUCUCGUUUUACGCCCGUUAAUCGCGCGACGGUAUCGUUCGAUCGCGCGAUCCGUUAUCGUUUCCGGAUAUGUAUAUGCAUUGUAUAUACGUCUAAAUAUGUAUAUGUAUUCCGAGUAUCGUGUCCGCAAUAUGCAAUACCAUAAUAUACAUAUAUAUACAUAUAUAUAUAUAUAUAUAUAUAUAUAAUAUAUUAUUGCCGAUAUCUCAGACUAUUCGAAGGCUUCAGAUUUUAUUGAUAACUGUUAUUCCAACUAUUUUGAUAUUUGGAACGUCGCGAAUUUCGCCUGUAAAUUACACGAUAUAUUAUGUAUCGUUAGAGACUUUAUGAAAAAGUUAAAAAAAAUAAUAUUCGAACGAUUCGGGUAUCUCGAAACGGUACGCGCUAUACCUACAUUGUUGGUAUUUUAAGUAUUUUCGUAUUUUACGUACGUACUAUUGAUAAUAUUUUUUAUAAACACCGGUGAUCAUACGUCCUUUUAAAUGGUAGAGGGACGAAACAGAGGUGAAUGUGGUUGAUUGACUGUACGUAUCGGGAUUAGUCGCGUUGACGAUCAACUGGCACGGCUGGUCGCGUCCUCGCGGGCCCGCACGCACGCGGAACUGUUCGCCUGUUUUUUAAACGAACCUACUUACUACUCGUCUGCAAUUAGAAAUUAUUUUCGUACGUAUAUAUACAAUAUAUAACUUCCGGUAAUCAGCCGAUCCGGACUUCGCAAGAGCACGCGCGACCGGUGUUUCAAACGAGAACGCCGCGUCUGUGAUUAGGAAAACGAUUAGACUCUCUCGUCGAUCGUGAUACGAGUUCGCACGAUGACAUCGCGAUAUUUAUAUAAUAGCGAUAUUAAUAUGUAAGUGUUACUGAUUUUUUCCCAAAGCAUGUAUUUUGAAUAACGGAAAACGUUGUGAGAAUUUCUUAGUGAUAAACAUAUACUUAAGGUACGAGUACUGUUGCAUAAUGUUAAACGAUUAAUUUAAUGACAGUGUUAAGGUAGCUGUAGAUGGAAUUAUAAAUUCUAGAACGCGCGAGGAACGUUUGUUUAAUUGUUACUCGUAGGGAAUAUUCUUGCAACACCGCGGCUUCGAUGCGUAGCAAUGGUUAAGGAUUAACAGCGGACGUUCUCAUUGAUAGCAUUUCGAAAACGGGGUAUUGUUUAAGGGAACGUUCUUACAUACAUCGUGAUGCAAAUUUUUAGGGUAUAAAUUAUAAUAAGAUAUGCACAUUCUUUAUCCAAUGAUAAGAUUUCUGUCGUUUAAUUAACGCUGCAGAUCCGGGAAGAAUGUUCAAGGAAACCAACCACUGUGACGUCGAACAUGCUUUAUCGAUGAAUUACACGCGAACCAAUUUACUGCUUGUGGCGAACGUCGAUGGGAACAUUGAACGCGAACUUUCCUACUCUUGACUUCUUAUAGAACUCUAUUUAGAAUGCAAAAGCCGAUCACGAUCGACACGAGAAAAAUAAUUGCCAUAAAGAGAAUCGUUUUCUUGAUUAUUAUCGCGCGAAAGCGAGUCGUGCUCUCGAAGUUUAAAGGUCAAUCUGUACAGGGCGUCGUGUGAUACUCUGCCGGAAUAACGAAAAGUUUCGAUCCAUUAAGAAAUCGUUUGUGGUGGAUGUCAAUGCCGUAAAUUGAACUUUAAUAAUAGAGUAUAAUGUGUAAAAGCAAAAGCAUAGAUAUAAGAUUCCUAGACUUCGCAUUCCCUAUCUCUCCAAGAUUCUAAAAUUAGGUAGUCUAAGGCUAUGUACAGGCUUGUUACUGUCUUUUAAUAAUAGCAUUGUUGGACGAAGACAGUAACAGGCUUGACAAUGUUCUCUUCUAAUUUCUCUCAGCCAUGAACCUGUAUGCGAAGUCGAAGAAUCCUAUGUCUAUGAGUAGAUGGUUUCAGAGGGUCUCAAGGGUAAAUCUCCCAAAUUCGUCGUACAAAAUUUUACAUUACAAAACGUUUAACUUUAACUUUUACGUCCUGACAAAGUUUUAUGAAACUCAGAUUUAUUGUUAAUUUCAAACAAUUAGUGCGGGCAAAGGAGGAUGAUAGUAUCGAAUAUUUUUUGGAGACAAAUCAUCAUGAUUGCAAUUCAUGAUUUCAGUUUUUACUACAAUCUCUUUCUGUUUGCAAAAAGCAAAAAAUAAUCUUAACGUAUACUCGGCACUUAAGCUACGGCAUUGGUAUCUACAGCGAACUCUUCUUUGUUAAUCUAACACGUCAUGGCUCUGUACAGAUUGAUCUUAACCCGGCUGCCCUAGUAUCUCCUACUAUAAACGUGGUCGAACGUGGAACAUACGAAACCCGUAGCACCACGCUAAAAAAAGCAAGAACAGCGACAUAGAGUAACAAUAAGCAUGUAGCUAAAAUGAAACUCGUGCUCGGAUCGAGCUAGCCUGGCCAGUUGAAUCAUCGGGCGUGUAUCUCGCGUGUUAUGCGACAACCUUCUCGACGAUAUCGUUUGAAAACGAAACUGGAUCGACUCUACUGCAAUCUUCCUAAGCGCUAUCGUUCACGACGGGUGAAGCCACGCGCACGGCCGACGGACGAAUUGUUUCUUCUUGAAUUUCACGCAUACGUUCGUUCCUCUGCUUUAUAUUGCGACGAUAAGUGUAAAGAACCGGGGGAUGUACACCUUGAAGCAUCGAUCAAGAAUCUGGAAAAACGAUAGACAAUGUUCAGCGAGUUUUUUCGUUAUCCAUACCGCAAUUCAUUAAUUUUAAUACACACUGAAUUUACUUAUACUGUAAACAUGAUUUACUGUUCUUUUAUUUGAUUCUGUAAAGUAGUUGACGUUCACGCAUCAUCGAACACACCAACGCAGUCUAGACAUGUGGCUAUCGAUAAUAAAACAAUUGACAACCAUUAGGAGUGAUUGUGAUUAUACAUCACUCGUUCUAUUUAAGUGGCAGUAUUGUUGACAUUAUCAAUAAAAUAUCGACGACUUAUCAGUAACGAUCGAUAGGCACAGUUCUAAAGCAUGCCCAGUUGAUUUCCAAUAAUAAUUUACUUAUCUGAAUUCGCACAACGAGAGAGCACCUGGUGGGAUGCUUAGUUCGUAAGGAUCACUGUCAACGUCACGCGCCUCGAUCUCUGAAUUCACAGCAGCGUGUGAGAAGCACAAAGUCUCCGACGACGAGCACAUUGUACGCGGCGAGACAUGCAUUAUAAUACAUUUUAAGGGUCAGUAACGAUAAUAUUGGUUUCCAAGCUUGAGAGUAAUUUAUAACGCUGUAGCAGACAGUUAUUAAUUGACCGAGGAAACGAGCUCCUUUAACGGUAGCUUCUGAGCAUGUAGGAAAGCUCUUCUUCUAGGCGUCGAGACGCGUAGGCGACACUGUCGUUCCCCGCGAUCGCUCUCGUUCUCGGCGGACGAGAUGAUUAUAAACAAUUGCAGAAUUUAAUCGCACAAACUGCUGAUCAUGCCGUUUGACAAACUUCGUUUAGCUGAAACGUUCGCAUAUUGCCUUUGCACACAUAAACCGGAUGGGUACUCGCUUAUCGAUGGAUUUGAUUCUGACUCUACAACCGUCGACGCGAUGAAUUGUAUAAAGAGGAAGGGAGCAGGGGAAUUUAUUUUUAGUACUUUUCAUCUUCUCCGUUCUUCUCAAAUUAAAUUGCAAUGGGGCCAAAGCACGUGGUGUCUAGAAAGUUUUGCUGGGCUUUCGAGUGCGCGCACAUACAUACAAUGUUCAUACGCGUUUCGCGGUGAAACUGUUCACACCUUCGCCGGAGGAUCCGUCGUAUCAAUCAGUUUAGAACGUCGAUGAGGGAAUGGGGUGGUGGGGCGGGGCUGUGUGAAAACUUUUUCCGCGGAACGUCGGGACUCUCGUUGGAACGUGAACGAUGGCCGCAGAUGUUUCGAGUCUUUAUCAAUUCAUCGGAUAUUUUUCUACACGGGUUCGAUUAGAUUUUUCAAAAGCAUCGUGUGUAAAUAAACGGCAAUUUUAGAUAAAUAUAUUAUUAUUACAUUAUAUUUAUAUUAUACAUUAUUACACAAAGCGUUUACACUCAGAAAUAAGGUAACAAGAUAUUUCUCUAUCAAUUUAUAACGAACGAAAAUAUAGGUAAAUAAAUAUGUGAAUAAAUAAAUCCAAGUGUCGUAAUGUUUCGGGAUGACAAUGAACAUUUGGGGCCCCCUGAGGCUCUGCCAUAAACUAAGCUUUCGAUUGUUUGUAUAAAAUCACCAACCCCCCGAUGGAAUCUUCGUAGCUCUUCGACAUUAUGAUCUAGCGUAAUAAUACCGAUUAUAUUGAAAAAUUGUCCUCGUCAAAGAGAACGAAGGAGGGAGAACGAACAACUCCAUGCUGGCGCGUUUAGUUGUCUUCUUUGUACAGACGCAUGGAUUUUUAACAGUUGCCUUGAGAACGUGAUUGAUCUGAGAUUCGUUUUAUCGCGGCGAUUUUGGCCAGGACUUUUUGCGAGGAACGAUUGAGAAGAUUGAAUUAGCCAUACGUUUAACGUUUAAAAUACGCCAUUUUGUCAGCGCAGCCUACUGUUAAUGGUAGAACAAUUGUGCAAUGUUUCCUACACCGACGUAAGGUUUUACUAAGUAGAUGAUACUUUACCGUUACCAUGUUACACCGAUAUCGAAUGUCUAACAGAAUGCCCGAGUGAAUGUAAUUGAUCGAGAUGUAGAGACGUCCUUAUUUUCAUGCAUUUCCUUUCUCUUCGAAUAUUAUAGUGUCUAUCAAGUAAAAUAAUAUCAGACAAAAAUAUAAAAGCGACACCUUUCGAAUAAACUGUUCAAUUUAAUUGCAGACUUUUCAGUGUAUCUUGGUUGUAUAUUAAAUUCUGAAAAUUCUUUCUCUUUGGACGGUAGAAGCCUUAGUGCUAAAUUAGUGAAACCGUUUUUUUUUUUUUUUUUUAAUAUCUCGUGUAACGACGUUUUGCCGCGUAAGAACGUGCACGUCUAACAAAGCGUAGGUGCGUCGAACGCCUAGCGAAUCUAGCCAGAAUUUUCGCUGCCCGAGAAAAUCCCUUCGAAUAUCCAUAUCCAACACCUAGAGGUGUAUGAAAACUAUUAUGCUGCAAUUAGACAUCAAUUUAAAUAUAGCACUGUUAAUCACGUAGCGAAAAAAAUAAAUAAAAGUGGAAUGAAAGAUAGAAGAAAGAGAGGAAGGAUUAGUUUUGGACAGUUUCGCACAGUCGGAUCGGUUAAAUGAAAAAAAACGGUCGAAUCAGCGCACAGCAAUUACACGCUUCCGUCACUGCGUUCAUUAUUAUUGUUAUCGCACACUUCGAAACGACACUGUGCAACACGGUUGCACAGUCUUCGGCGCGUAGCGACAUUUGACGAUGCGCAAUUUUUCAUUUCGUAUCCCAUUGGACCCAUGGACAAACUUUGUUGAACAAGGAAUAUUUUCUCCCAGAGUAGAACGCGAUAAUCAAUGUAUUGUAAUAAUAAUCGUAGGUCCCUCGGUUUAGGCGCACGUAAAACUGUUGAAGGGAAGGAACGCUGAGACUAAGCGAGCCAUUUUUCGUUCACCGUUUUUCCGUUGCUUUGAUGGGUACACGUGUUAUAUGGAUAAGCGGCAUUAUCCGAAUAACAAUGAAAUAAUAGAAACAUAUUAGGUAAGGAAAUGUUUGCAAAUGAAAUUGAUAACUGUUUUAAUAUUGUAUCGAAGUGUGUAUAUGUACCAACGUAUGAACAAAAAUGACACAAAAAAAUGAACAAAAAAAAAAACAAAAUGGAAAAAAGCCAGAGAAUGUUGCAAAUACAGACGAAGAUGCCUCUUACCCCCCUGCCCCUCGAUAUCCAACGCCCCGUCUCCCCCACCCCCAGCCCUCUCCAACUUUCAUUCACUGUAAACUGUAAGAUAUAUUACGAAUGAUAUUAAAUCAAUCUGCGAUUCGAGCCCCGAUACGUAACCACCGUGUGGGCUAGUCUUCGUUUGUUGUACGUUUCAGUAUAGCGACCGACGUUGCUGCGGUGUCGCGAUUCAACAUCGACCAGCCUCGGAUACGUUUCGUCCAGUUGAUAGCUCGUCGUCAAAUGGCGGAAGUAGCAAUAAAUUUUCAUUUGCUUCCCCGGUUUCGCCCUCCGACCUGUCCCUCGAUCGUGCAACACGAUGAUCGUUAUACGGGGUGGCGACGCGACGCCACGCUGAAUCGCGACCCGCAAGAAUUAAAAUAAUAAUGAGUUGCGAAUAAGUAUACGCAUUUUGUCAAUGAAAAUGAUAAAAUGAUCAAAUAAAACACUUCCACUGUGAA